UAGGCUGGUUUGCUAAUCCCUGACAAAGAAAAACGAUAACAAUUUAACGCAGUGACAAAACUGAUUACCUAUUGCGCAUUUUCUUGCUAAUUAACAACCGUAUUUCACACAGAUGAAAGCUUGUGAAGAGUUGUAACUAGCCGUUACACUGAACGACUGACGUUAACUAGCAAGUGUAACGCUGAAGCUAACAGAGGCUCAGCAGACAGUGCUUAUUUGAUGUCAUUUGGACUUGAAGCAUCAUCAAUUACGUUCAGAGAGGAAUCUUCACUCGUUUUUUGUUUUUUGCUUUUCUUUUGUUGUUGGGUUUUUUUUUGUUUUUUUUUUUUGUGAUGGAGUCAUCUGACAGCCAGGGGAAACUCAAUCACAUGGUGGGGACUGUGGAACCAAAUGAUGUUCCUGCUGCUGAAGGCGCCACCGGACAGAAAGACACGUCGCCUGUAGACAUGCUGAGAAUAAAGCAACAGAUGUCCAACCAGUGCUUUGAGAUGGCAGUACAGCUCAACGCAGAAAAAAAUAAAAGGUCAUGCAGCACAUCUGAAGCAGAGAGGGACUUGCCAGAAUAUAUCAGUGAGCUUGAAAGGGUGAAGACGCUUCAUUUUAACAGCACACUGACCCUGCACAGAAUGCAGAUGUGGCACGCUAUCGGAGAAAAGCUGAACUGGAGUGACUCUGAAGCAGAUGCUCUGAAAGCCAUAAGUGACCGCUGCAUGGGUCUUUGUUCACACAUAAAGCACCUUCAACAGGAGUCCAAAAAACUUCAAGAUGAGAUUACAGAAAUACAGAAGAACAGACUUGAGAUGAAACGGCUCACGCAUGAGAAGAUCAAACACAUGGAGGAGUUUUCAAAGAAAGAGUAUCCAGACAUGGAAAAGUACAAAGCUGCGUUGGAGAAAGGCCAAGCAAACCUGGAGAAAUAUAAAAAGAUGGCCAUCAUGACACAAAAUGUCCUCAGGGGCAUCCUCUUGGCAUGUAAAGUCAACUGGCUUGAUGAUCCCAAACUUCGAGACAUCGCCAUGACACUCGAGGAGUUUCCCAUCUCUGACUAAAGAUGGAGGUCGUGUG